AUGGCGAACUACCUCGCCUCUAUCUUCGGCACAGAACAAGACAAGGUCAACUGCAGUUUCUACUACAAAAUCGGCGCCUGCCGUCACGGCGACCGCUGCUCACGCAAACACGUCAAGCCCUCGUACUCACAAACCGUCCUCCUCCCCAACCUCUACCAGAACCCCGCCUACGACAACAAGUCCCGCAUGAACCCAUCCCAGCUCCAGAACCACUUCGAUGCUUUCUACGAGGAUUUCUGGUGCGAGAUGUGCAAAUACGGUGAGAUCGAGGAGGUGGUCGUCUGCGACAACAACAAUGAUCACUUGAUUGGCAACGUGUACGCGCGCUUCAAGUAUGAGGAUUCGGCGCAGAAGGCGUGCGAUGCGCUGAACAGUCGGUGGUACGCGGCGAGGCCAAUCUACUGCGAGCUGAGUCCGGUGACGGACUUCCGGGAAGCUUGCUGUAGGCUCAACUCGGGCGAGGGAUGUGUGAGAGGUGGGUUCUGCAACUUCAUUCAUCGCAAGGAGCCGAGCGCGGAGCUGGAUCGCGAGCUGGAGUUGUCGACGAAGAAGUGGUUGAGGGAGAGGGGUCGGGAUGAGAGGAGUGUGACAAGAAGUCCCAGCCCAGAGCCUGCAAGACCAAGAUAUUAG